AUGACGGACACGAAAAACACGUCGACCCAGGACGUGCUCACGUCUGUCGUGACGAACGGCGUAAUCUGUGCUGUGUUUGUGGUGCUGUUUUUGCUGCUCAGAAUCAAGUUCAAGCGCAUCUACCAGCCAAAGUCCAGCUUCGACAUUGUGCCCGAUAGCGAGAAGCCCGCUCCGCUGCCGCAGGACCCGCUGACCUGGCUCUUCGUCCUGCUCAGAAAGCCGCCCUCCUUCAUCAUCCAGCAGGCCGGGAUCGACGGGUAUUUGUUCCUGAGAUACCUGUUUAUCGUGGCCUGCAUUGCUCUGGGAGGUAUAGCCACAUGGCCGGUUCUGCUCCCUGUGAACGCCACAAAUGGCAAGGGCGAGGAUGGGCUUGACCAGUUGGGCAUCUCCAACGUCAACGCGGCCAGCAGAUACUACGCCCACGUGUUUAUAUCGUGGAUCUUUUACUGCGUGGUGUUGUUUGUGAUCUACCGCGAACUGCACUUCUACUCCAGUCUGCGCAACCUCGUGCUCACGACGCCGGCGUACGCGAAAAAGCUCAGCUCCAGAACGGUCAUUUUCCAGACCGUCACCGACCAGUACCUCGACGAGGAGGAGUUUUUCAAGCUGUUUGAGGGCGUCAAGCGGGUCUGGGUGGCCAGAAGAAACAGACGGCUGUCUCGUGCGCUCAAGCGAAGAGAACACCUCACGAACGCCCUCGAAGUCGCCCUGACGAAGCUGCUCAAGCGUGCUGUCAAGGAGAAAAUCAAGGCCGACAAAAAGGGCCGUGUCAUCGAGAACCCUGACGACCUCUCGUCCUACGUGCCGUACAAAAAACGGCCCAAGAUGCGCAUCGGCGUGCCCAUCUUCGGCAAGAAGGUCGACACCAUUGAGUACUGCAAAGAGCAGCUGCCCAGACUUAACGAGCAAAUCGAGGAGUACCAGUCUACGCUCGUCGGCACACGGCCCAUGAACUCGAUCGCGGUCGAGUUCGAAAACCAGUACUACGCACAGCUCGCGUACCAGACCACGAUCCACGAUCUGCCAUACUUUUUCUCUCCAAAACACACCAACAUCAAUCCGGAGGAUAUCUACUGGCCCAACAUGCGUAUUUUCUGGUGGGAACGGCUCAUGAGGUUCCAUGGCGCUGUGGCCGCCAUUGUGGCCCUGAUCGUGCUCUGGGCGAUCCCGGUCUCGUUUGUCGGUCUGGUGUCCAACCUCACGUACCUGACCAACAAAAUGCACUGGCUCAGGUUCAUCUACAAGCUGCCGGAUGUGCUGCUUGGCCUGAUCACGUCAUUGCUGCCGACGGUGACACUGGCGGUGUUGAUGCUGCUGCUGCCGAUUUUUAUCAGGAAAAUGGGCCAGGUGUCUGGCUGUCUCACGGCCCAAAGCAUUGAAUACUUCACCCAGCAAGCAUACUUUGCGUUCCAGGUCAUCCAGGUGUUCCUUGUCACCACCAUCUCGUCUUCCUUUGCGUCCACCGUGACCCAAAUUGCAGACAGGCCCACCGAGGCGAUGGAGCUGCUCUCAGCCAACCUGCCGAAAUCGUCCAACUUUUACGUCUCCUACAUGGUUUUGCAGGGCUUUUCCAUUGCUGGCGGUGCGCUGUUCCAGGUGGUCAGUCUGAUUUUGUUCUAUCUGUUCAGUGCCAUGUUUGACAACACUGCCAGAAAGCUCUGGACCAGAUUCAACGACAUUGGCGGCUUUGCGUGGGGCACAACGUUCCCGAUUUACACCAACUUGGCCGUGAUUUUCCUGUCGUACAGCAUCAUCGCCCCCAUCAUCAUGCUCUUCACCUUUGCCGGGUUUUCGCUGGUUUACAUUGCAUUCUUGUACAACGCAACCUACGUCUUUGGAAAAAGUGCCGACGGCCUGGGCAGAUACUAUCCACGGGCCCUUUUCCAGACCAUGGUGGGCAUUUAUCUCGGAGAAAUUGCUUUGCUCGGCAUGUUUGCCGUGUCCAAGACCUGGGGCUGUAUCGUGCUGGAGGCCAUUCUGAUCGGCUUCACCGUUUUUGUGCAUCUUCAUCUCAACAAGGCGUACGACCAUCUGAUGACGGUAGUGCCAAAUACGGUGAUGAGACCGCUAGAUGGCGUGAGCGAGACUCUGUCGUGGACCGCUCCGCACGCCAACAGACAGUUCAACGAGCAAGCUCUGAGCUCGUGCAUUGACUUCAAGGAACAGAUGCUAAUGGCCGAAGAGCAGAGAGAGGAGUACAGAGACUCCAAAGUGCAAAAUUACAAGGCGUUCCAUGUUCCGUUGCUCGUGGAAGGUGACGACUAUGAUGACAGAAAACUGAGCCUAAUCACCCGGAUUCUGAGACCACACAAGCAUUACACAUUCAAGAAGCUCAAGGCGUACCUUCCCCCUGCAUUCUACGACUUCCCCGAGGAGGACCCCGAAUGGGUCAAGCAUGCGUACGAUCUGCCAGAUAGAAGCGCAGCAUGUCCGACACUGUGGAUUCCACGGGAUCCAAUGGGCCUCUCGGGCAAGGAGAUAAAGAACCUGCACGGCGCGAUCAAGGUGAGCGACGAGAACGCUCAGUUUGAUAAGAAGGGCAAAGUCGUGUGGACGGGUCCGCCACCAGAGUGA